GGGUUAGAGCGGCCGCAGCCUGGACCAUGACUUACGCUUAUCUCUUCAAGUACAUCAUCAUCGGGGAUACAGGUGUGGGAAAGUCAUGCCUCCUCCUGCAGUUCACAGACAAGCGGUUCCAGCCAGUCCACGACCUCACGAUAGGCGUGGAGUUCGGGGCCCGAAUGAUCAGCAUCGACGGCAAACAGAUCAAACUGCAAAUCUGGGACACGGCCGGGCAGGAAUCCUUCCGCUCCAUCACCCGAUCUUACUACAGGGGAGCGGCCGGAGCUCUCCUGGUGUACGACAUUACUAGACGGGAGACCUUCAUCCACCUGACGUCGUGGCUAGAAGAUGCCCGCCAGCACUCCAGCUCCAACAUGGUCAUCAUGCUGAUCGGGAACAAGAGUGACCUGGAGUCCCGCAGAGAUGUGAAGAAGGAAGAAGGAGAGGCCUUUGCCCGCGAGCACGGGCUCAUCUUCAUGGAGACCUCAGCCAAGACGGCCUCCAACGUCGAAGAGGCCUUCAUCGACACAGCCAAAGAAAUAUAUAAGAAGAUCCAACAGGGCUUUUUUGACAUCAGCAACGAGGCCAACGGGAUCAAGAUCGGGCCGCAGCAGCCGAUGGCAGCAGCGUCGGGGACCGGCUCCUACCCCGGCCCCCACGGCGCGGGGGAUGGCGCGGGCUGCUGCUGAGCCUCUGGUCCCGGGCCCUGGCCCCUUCCUGGGGCGGCUCCCCCUCUCCCCUGCCCCCCGUCCCGUCCCGUCCCCCUCCAGCCCCCCAUCCCGCAGCUGG